AAGCCGGUAGGUUACCCGGAGUGAGGUAGGGUCGGAAAAGGGGCUUCUGGACAUUCACCCAAGGGCUAGUCAGAGAGGAAAGGCGGCCCUUGAGGUCGCGGCCCCUGCCGGUGCCUGCAGCCCCUUGUCGUGAGGACCACUCCGGGGUCCCUGGCACCCAGCCCCGAGCCCCGCCCCGCCUCAGAGGGGCCGGCACCCCCUGCUUCUGGGGCCGGGGCCGCGGUGACCCCACGACGCCCUGCCGGUCCCCUCACGGUGGGUGCUCUGCAGCCACGCAGCCCAUCCACUGUUCACUCUUAAUCCCGCAGUGCCGCAGUUCCCAGAGUCUCGGGCUUGGCCGCCGGCGUCCUCCGGACUUUGCACGACUCCCGAGUUCGGAACCUGAGCCGGCGCCCGGGGCUCCGCGACCCCACGCCCAUGACCGAGCCCUCCUCCGAGUGAGCCCCCGGCCGGGCGCCCGCCACCCGAGCCUCGCGGGACGCCCGCGUCUCCCAGUCCGCAGAGCCAGGGUCUUGAAGACUUCUCUGGGUAAAGGGAAGGAUGCCUCUCUUCUUCCGGAAGCGGAAACCCAGUGAGGAGGCUCGGAAACGCCUGGAAUACCAGAUGUGUCUGGCAAAAGAAGCUGGGGCUGAUGACAUUCUUGAUAUCUCUAAGUGCGAGCUCUCAGAGAUUCCAUUUGGGGCUUUCGCAACGUGCAAAGUUCUGCAGAAGAAGGUGUUGAUUGUACAUACGAACCACCUCACUUCUCUGCUUCCCAAAUCCUGCAGCCUCCUGAGCCUCGCAACCAUCAAGGUUCUGGAUCUCCACGACAAUCAGCUGACGGCCCUUCCUGAUGACAUAGGGCAGCUGACAACUCUCCAGGUGUUGAAUGUGGAAAGGAAUCAACUGACGUCUCUCCCACGCUCCAUUGGGAACCUGACCCAGCUCCAGACCCUCAAUGUAAAAGACAACAAGUUGAAGGAGCUGCCGGACGUGGUGGGGGAGCUGCGGAGCCUGCGCACUCUUGACAUCAGUGGGAAUGAGAUUCAGAGGUUGCCGCAGAUGCUGGCACACGUUCGGACCCUGGAGACGCUGAGCCUCGAUGCCUCGUCCAUGCUGUAUCCCCCGCAGGAGGUGUGUGGCGCUGGCACCGCAGCCAUGCAGCAGUUCCUCUGCAAAGAGUCAGGGCUGGAAUAUUACCCCCCUUCUCAGUACCUGCUGCCAGUUCUGGAGCCGAAUGGAGCUGAGGUCUCCCAGGACAGCCCCGAUGGUCCCGCAGACAGGUUCUCCCGGGAGGAGGUGCAGUGGCAGAAUAGGUUCUUGGACUAUGAAAGGCGGAAGGAGCAAAAGGCACUGGAGAAGCUGGAGUUCGAGCGGCGGCUGGAGCUAGGGCAGCGACAGCACGCCCAGCUGCUUCAGCAGAGCCACAGCCAGAAGGACGAGAUCCUGCAGACCGUCAAGGAGGAGCAGACACGGCUGGAGCAGGGACUAAGUGAGCACCAGCGCUACCUGGACGCAGAGCGACAGCGGCUACAGGAGCAGCUGAAGCAGACAGAGCUGACCAUUGCUGGCCGCAUCCAGAAACUCCUGCAAGACAACCAGAGGCAGAAGAAAAGCUCUGAGAUUCUGAAGUCGCUGGAGAAUGAGAGAAUAAGAAUGGAGCAGUUGAUGUCCAUAACCCAGGAGGAGACGGAGAGUCUGCGGCGCCGGGAGAUUGCCUCCGCCAUGCAGCAGAUGCUGACCGAGAGCUGCAAGAGCCGCCUCAUCCAGAUGGCCUAUGAGUCUCAGAGGCAGAGCCUGGUCCAGCAGGCCUGUUCCAGCAUGGCUGAAAUGGAUGAGCGGUUCCAGCAGAUUCUGUCCUGGCAGCAGAUGGAUCAGAACAAAGCUAUCAGCCAGAUCUUACAGGAGAGUGCCAUGCAGAAGGCUGCGUUCGAGGCCCUCCAGGUGAAGAAGGACCUCAUGCACCGGCAGAUCAGGAACCAGAUUAGGUUAAUAGAAACUGAGUUACUGCAGCUGACUCAGCUGGAGUUAAAGAGGAAGUCCCUGGACACAGAGGCACUGCAGGAGAUGGUGUCCCAGCAGCGCUGGGCUCUCAGCUCCCUGCUCCAGCAGCUGCUCAAAGAAAAGAAGCAGCGGGAGGAAGAGCUGCGGGACCUCCUGAUGGAGCUCGAAGCUAAGAGCGAAACCAAGCAGGAGAAUUACUGGCUCAUCCAGUACCAGCGGCUUUUGAACCAGAAGCCCCUGUCCUUGAAGCUGCAGGAGGGAGGCCUGGAGCGCCCGCUGGCGGCCCUCCUGGUGGAGCUGUCGGCCGAGCACUACCUGCCCAUCUUCGCCCACCACCGCAUAUCCCUGGACAUGCUGUACCACAUGAGCCCCGGGGACCUGGCCAAGGCCUGGAGAACUGUGGCUGGAGUCCUGGCGGUGACGCGAGGCACAGGGCUCGCAGAUGGGUGUCUCCGAAGCGGUCUGCAGCAUGAGAUCCUGCAGAGGGCCCGGGACCUGUUGGACGUGGCCAGGACGCAGCCAGAGAUGAAGCCAGCCCAGGGGGACGUCGUUGGGGCCCUGGAGCCGCUCCCUGCGCCCCGGACGCCCGAGCCCGUGAGGCCAUCGGCUCCCCCGGCCGAGCUGGAGACGCAGGCCUCGGAGUGCGUCGUGUGCCUGGAGCGGGAGGCCCAGAUGGUCUUCCUCACCUGCGGCCACGUCUGCUGCUGCCAGCAGUGCUGCCAGCCGCUGCGCACCUGCCCGCUGUGCCGCCAGGAGAUCGCCCAGCGCCUGCGCAUCUACCACAGCGGCUGAGCCCCCGCCCGGCCCCCCACCCCGCCGCUCCUCGGGCGAGCCAGCCGGCCAUCGAGGAAGAGGGGGGCAGCUGCGCUGGGGCUGCCCCCCCCCCCCGCAGCCCAGGGAGAGGCCCGGGCGUGGAGCGGGCUGUGCCAUGGGUGGGACUGACAUCAUAGCCAAGCCACGUCCCCAUCCCCGUCCCCACCCGCUGCCUGCCUCUCAGAGCACUGUACUCAGCCUCAUCUGUGGAGCCCACCCGGCUGUCCCCGGCCCGAGAGGGGGAGACCGUCCAGCUAGGACGCUGAGCCGCACAGGCCUGCACCCCAGUACCCCAGUUCCCCUCGGCUGCUCCCUGAGCAUGUCCUACCUGCCCUCCACCCUACCUCACGCAGACAGCUCAGCCUGAAGCAGCAGACAUCAAUAAAGCCAUUAGCUGCUCCUUUCCUCCUGUUGUCC